AGAGAGAGACCAUUCAUCCAUAAAGAGGAUAUAUUCCCACCAAGAGCCUUGUCACUUGGACAAUACCAAGCUUGCCCAGCAUCCAUAUACCCAAAACGGGGUUCGCAAAAUUAAAUAUUAUCGCUUUCGGCCAUUGAGCAUCGUGCUUCAAAGCGAAAUUUGCAAAAACAGUGCGAUCAGCCCAGCCUGAGGAUACCGAAAAGGGAAAUCGUUACUGUUUCGAGGCUUCCUUCCGCAUCCGCCGAUCGAUCUGCGGAGGUACAGUGGAGAUACUUCAUAAUUAUUUCUCCUCGGUUUUCUCUUGGUUGUAAGCUUGGAUUACGUCGGCUGAAAAAGGUUGUGAGGGGAUAUCACAUCAUUCUUGAGCACAACGUUCCCCACCCCUGAUCAGAAAGCCAGUUGGAGGGGGAAACAUUUAUAUACAAAAGCCAUGGCCGACUCUCAGGAUUCUAAACUUGCCGUUGGACCCAAUCCUUCUCCUAAUCGACACUCCAGGAAGAAAUGGUUGAUCAUACUCGCUGCCGCAUUCUUGGUCAUUGCGAUUGGACUGGGGGUAGGUUUGGGUGUUGGUCUGACCAGGAAUGGUGGUAGUGAUGAUGGUGAUAACGACUCCGGACCUACGCCUACAUCGUCUCCGCUUCCAACACCAACAUCGCGAUUGGCUUGGAGGCCAAAGGUCAAUGAUACCUGGCAGAUCAUGCUUCUGCAUCCACCAUCCCUUAAUGCUGAUGCUGCUUCUGUAACUCCGGACGUGGACAUCUUCGAUAUCGAUCUUUUCGACACAACCAAAGAGACCAUCCAUACGCUACACAAGCUGGGGAAGAAAGUGAUAUGCUAUUUUAGUGGAGGGAGCUAUGAGCCAUAUCGACCGGAUAGCGCCGAAUUCGAGAAGAACGACAUUGGUGCAGACCUUCAGGGCUGGCCAGGAGAGAAAUGGAUCAAGUUGGGCAGCGAAAAUGUGAGGAGAAUCAUGAAGGGUAGGGUGGAGUUGGCCCACCACAAAGGAUGUGACGGCGUAGACCCCGACAAUGUUGACGGCUUCCAAAAUGAGAAUGGGCUCUCCCUGACAGCGGACGAUUCUAUCUCGUUCAUGUCCUACCUGUCCAACAUCACUUCGCCUCUAAACCUUACCCUAGGCCUCAAGAACGCCGGCGACAUCAUUAAGAACGUUCUCCCGAUCGUACAUUUCUCAGUAAACGAACAAUGCGUGGAACACUCUGAGUGUUCGACCUUCGCAGCCUUCAUUCAAGAUGACAAACCCGUUUUCCAUAUCGAGUAUCCGGACGGGGCAGGAAAGGAAGGACUGAGGGCGAACACGGUAAACAAAUAUUGCUCAAGAGAAGGAGAUGCGCGAGGAAGUGAUCAGUUCAGCACAGUGCUCAAGACCAUGGACUUGAACGGUUGGGUGGAGACCUGUGAUGGCACGGUGAUGACUACGACUAUGAACGAAACAAGUCCGAACCAUUAAAUUCAUCCUACAAAAGUCUAUUCCACCGAAAGUAAAUUUUCCAACCGAGUUUGACCAGGCAGUAUGAUGGAUCUGAUGCCUCCGGCGGGUGUUUACAGAUGAACCCGGAAUCGGAGCGAUCGAAAGGCAACGGUUGCCGCUCUUCGGAAACAGAGCACGGUAGAAAGAUGACGCAGCCUCAUC